CACACACACACACACCUCCUUCUCUCGCCUCUCUCCUCUGCUCUCUCAGAGUUGUUCAGACUUGAGGGAGGAAUGGCGGCCCCUCGGAGUUUCUUCAUCUCUCUCUGCGGUUUGUUGCUGGUUUUAUAUUUCUCUUGUGGAUCUACGACCUCAGGAAACAAGAGAGCAAACCAGGAGCGAUGCGGUUACAAGGUGCAGUCUGGUACAGAUGGAGGUCGCAGGUUGGCCGUCACCUUUAGAGCUGACAACUGCUCUUUAAACUACCCGCUGGGGAAACAUGUGAUCCAUGAGGUCACCAACGUGUCCUUUAGCCACCUGGCUUGUGAAGAUCAGGCCGCCGUGGUCGUCCACUGGUCUGCCAGCCCUCUAGGGAUUGAACACAUUAAAGGGUUCAGAGUUUAUCUGGAGAAGAAUCCAGAAGGGAAACAGUGUCAACACCUCAUCCUCAAAGACCCUCGACAGCUCAACUUCUCCUACAAGAACACGAAGCUGAGCAGCCAGCCGUUCAGUGGUUUGACCUUUGACACUGACUACAUGGUUCGUGUCCUUCCCUUCCCGACUCUGAUGAAUGAGAGCUUCUUCCCUCCAUCGUUCCUCAGGACAAACUCGUGUGAAGUCCUCCUGGGAUCAGACAACCUGGUUUGCAAACCAUUCUGGAAGCCAAAGACCCUGAACGUGUCCCAGCUGGGGUCCAACCUUCAUGUGGCGUUCGACCAGGCUCCGGCCUCGUUCGGCUUCCACUUCUACUACCUCUACUACAAACUGAAGCAGGACGGACCUUUCAAACUGCAGCGCUGCAAACCAGACGUAAACCAGCCCAGAACUACAUGCAUCCUCCAGGACGUCACUCCGGGGACCUACACUAUAGAGCUAAGAGACGACAGUAACACGACCAGGAGGCAGACUCAGUACCAUGUCAGCCAAGUCCACUCCCCCUGGGCGGGGCCUAUUCGUGCGAUGGCCAUCACAGUGCCUCUGGUUAUCAUGUCUGCUUUCGCCACUCUCUUCACUGUCAUGUGCCGCAAGAAACAGCAAGAAAACAUCUACAGCCAGCUGGACGAAGAGAGCAGUGAGUCGUCCAAUCACAGUGCAGCAUUGAACGCGGAGCGGCCAUGGCCUCGCCCCAAAGUCUUCAUCUGUUACUCCAAUAGAGACUGUCCUAAACACACCAGCGUCAUCCAGAGCUUCGCCUACUUCCUGCAGGACUUCUGCAACUGUGAGGUUGUCCUUGAUCUGUGGGAACACCUGGAGAUGUGCAAAGAAGGUCAGAUGUCGUGGCUCAGCAGACAGCUGGACGAAGCCAACUUCAUCAUCACUGUCUGCUCAAAAGGCCUACGCUACUACGUGGAAAAGAAAAGCCGCAGAGGGAAGACACCAGUCAGUCGGCGUAGUAACAGCAGCAGCAGCAGCUCUUCGAUUGGUGGAUCAAGUGGCGACCUGUUCAUUGUGGGUGUGGCCAUGAUUGCUGAGACGCUGCGGUUGGCAAAGCAGAGCGAGGAGGGCGAAGCUCAGGAGUUGAACCGCUACAUGACGGUUUACUUUGACUAUUCAACAGAAAACGACAUCCCUACCAUGUUGAGCCUGGCUCCCAGGUUUAAGUUGAUGGACCAGCUGCCUCAGCUCUAUAGUCGACUCCACUCCAGUCAGUCCAGUUUGGCGGAUCGUGAGUCACAGCCUCUCAAUGUCUCCAGGAGGAACUACUUCAGGAGUAAAUCCGGACGCUCGCUCUACGUUUCCAUCUGCAACAUGCACCAGCACAUCAGCCAGAACCCUGACUGGUUUGAGAAGCAGCUGGCUCCUUCGGGAGCUUCCUCAGCCUCCUCCUCAAAACAUUCUCCUGUCCCUGCUGACCCAGCUCCAAGCCCUCCACCAAAGCCUCACUGCUCCUCCUCCUCGUCUCAACCCGAGCAGAGGUUUGACUCCGGCUUGGUGCUGAAUGAGGUGGUGGUGAAGACGCCAUUGCUGGAGGGAGGAAAGGGAGAGCCGAGGAGGAAUAUGCUCCUGCUAGCACCCGGCUCCAGUCCCAGCCUUAACAUAGGAUCCAGCCACAGUCCCAGUCCCAGUCCUGGUCUCUGUCCAAGUCCAGGUCUGCCACACUGCUCUCUGUCCAUGCUGGGACCCAAUUCGAGGUCUUCUUCUGGAAUAUCUGGACUGUUACCAGAGGAAUCUCCCUCCUCCUCUGCUCCCUCCAUCCUCGAGGAUGUGGUUUGCCCCAUUGUCUCCGCUCAGGCAGAAGAAGGUGGUUCUUCCCCUCCAGAGCUCCCUCCUCCUCGUGAUUCAGGCAUCUAUGAUUCGUCGGUCCCAUCCUCAGAGCUUUCUAUUCCCUUAAUGGAGGGACUGUCACAUGACCAGGCUGACUCCUCCUCCCUGGCCGACAGUGAAUCAUCUUCUUCCGGGCUGGGUGACGAGGAGCCGCCUGCUGUCACAUUGCUGCGCUGCAGUGCCGCUACAGUUUGUAAAGCUGAGCUACACCACCAUCACCACCUGGAGCACAGUGACGGACUUACAACUGUGGCGUCAUUGUAGGGUACAGACACCUCCUACCAGUCAAAAGACAACUAGCCCAGUGAUGUCAUCACACGGCCAAAGAAAUCUAUUGGUCUUGGAUCUGGACCCCUUCUUAAAAGUGCUGUUGUCCCUUCUUCAUGGAAACAAAACUGGAAUUAAUUAAAAGGCACUGCAGUGGUUCACCUAUGGACAUUACUAGGGAGAGUUCUAGGUUAAUGGUCCCCAGUAACUAUGGUAACUACAGAGUUAAACAUUUACUAGAACAUUAGUCACUGGUGACUAUAAUAACCACUGUGUCAAGAACACUAAUCCCUAUUAACUGUGGUAACCCUGGAGUCAGAACACUAGACCUUGGUAACUGUAGUUACUGCAGAAUUCUACAACACCAGUUGUUGGUAACUGUGGUAACCACUGACUCUAGAACACUAGUUGUUGGUAACUGUGGUAACCGCACGAUUCUAGAACACUAGUCCUUGGUAACUAUGGUAACCACUGCAUUCGAGAGCAACAGUCCCAAGUAAUUUUGGUAACCACUGUUUCUAGAACACUAUUUACUGGUAUCCAUGGUAACCACUUUGUCUAGAACACUUGUCCUUGGUAACUAUGGUAACCACUGCAUCUAGAACACUAGUACUUAGUAAAUAAGGUACUUUGUUCGCCUCGCUGGUCGCCCUGCCUGGAUGAUUUUUGAAGGACUGGAUCUCCAGAUGCUGCAGAAUGGAUCAGGUCAAACCAAAGACUGCCUCAGCACUGCGUCUUGAUUGAUUGAUAGACAGCUGGCUCAUGUAUGACUUCAUGUUUGGUACCAAAUGCUGAAAAAAAACUGUUCAAGCACUUUUCGAUGCAGAAACGCAGGAAGACAACACAUCAAACAUGUUCAGAUGUUCUGUGGAAACACCAAGGUGAAAGCUGCUGAAUGUAUCAAGGGUGUAGUUUAAUAUGGCAUUUUUUGUAUUAUUCUAAACAUUGAACCACAUGUUCAUCCAUGAAUGUGAAUGGAGGAGCAUUUUUUAUUAAGAAGGGAACUGCCCCAAAACAGUUUAUAAUAGAACAUUUUAUCAAUAUUCAUCAGUUUAAGGAGCAGUGAGUUUCAAUGGCAUACCUUAUUUUAUUUUUCUAAAUGUUUGUUGACAAUGACUCGUUCUUGGAGCAGCAAGUAACCCGAUGACCACUGUCUAAUAAAUCAGAAAUCAUUAAACUGUCAAAUGUACUAAAACCUGCAAAUGUGAUAUAAUAUGGUGGAAGAGUUGUGUGAAUUGUGUGUUAAUUUGAAAUUUAGUUUUUAUUAAAUUUUAUUUUCUCUGCAUUUUUAUUCACAAAUUCGGAACGUACAAUUCAAAUUAGUUUUUCUGGUGGCGCCCCUCCUACACCGUAACGUAUUGAGUGCUGUGGUUACAUUGUUGAAGUUUGUGGUUAUGUAUUUUAAGGUAUUGAAUAUUAAUGUUACAUUUAUAGUUAUGUAUUUCUCAAUGCUUUGUAAUCCUUUUCUAACAUUGUUGCAGGAAGCAGCGAUAAUGAGGGCAUUAUGAAAAGUGACUCUUGUUCUACCAUUACUAAAGAUGCCACUAUGGAAGCCCAUUAUGCCAGGACAAGCAGUAAAUUCAUCAAGUGUUCAUUUGUCAAAGGAAAUUAUGAAAUAGUGUCUCAAUUUUAAAUUACGUUUAAGUAAGAAUCAUGAGAUAUGAAGCUAAAAAUUUGUCCGACCCCACAAAGUAAGUCACUAUUUUGAUUUUAACAACUUGCUCCUACUUUUUCAUCAUUUUCAUGACAUGGUACAAAUGGGCUUUCAUACAAUUCCCAAUUAAUGAUCUCAUGAGCAUAUUUCAUAUCUGACAUACUGUAUGUACAAGGCUGUUUUGUUCUGUGUUUAAAGUUUUAUAAAGUCUUUUAUAUUUUCUGACUCAAAUGUUUGAGUUGCUGCUGAAGGCUGACCGACGGCUUCUGGUUUAUCGGCAGGUUUGAGUUUGUUGGAAUGGAAGAUUCAGCAUUUCCUACUUGUAAAUAUUUUUAAAAAACAUUUUUUUUCCUGGAAAUGUCUGUUUUGCUUCAAUUUUGGAUAGUUAGACUUUUGUUUUACUAUUUUUCUUAGGAAUGUACUGUUUUAUAGUACCUAGGUAAAUCCAUCUAAUAAAACAUUCCUCUUUUAUCAUC